AUGGAUCACGCGAUGUUAAUUGCUCUUAUAAUCGCCGCAGCUUUCCUCUUUGUAUUCAACAAAGUGGACGGAGUCCAGAUCUUGUCUAAAUCAAAGCUAGAAAAGUGUGAGAAGACAAACGAUUCAGGAAACCUCAACUGCUCAACUAAAAUCGUCUUGAAUCUCGCUGUCCCCAGUGGAUCCAGCGGAGGAGAGGCUUCGAUUGUAGCCGAGAUCGUCGAAGUGGAAGAUAAUUCGAGUAGCAACAUGAAGACCGUACGUAUCCCACCGGUUAUCACAGUGAACAAAUCAGCAGCAUAUGCUCUCUAUGACCUAACUUACAUUAGGGAUGUGCCUUAUAAACCUCAAGAGUUUCACGUUACCACUCGAAAGUGUGAGCCAGAUGCUGGACCAGAUAUCGUUGGAAUAUGCGAGAGGCUGCGUGAUGACAAAGGUAACGUUCUGGUGCAGACUCAGCCUGUCUGUUGUCCAUGUGGACCACAAACAAGAGUUCCUUCAUCUUGUGGAGACAUAUUUGAGAAGUUGAUAAAAGGGAAAGCAAACACUGCGCAUUGCCUUCGUUUCCCUGGUGACUGGUACCACGUUUUCAGCAUUGGACAACGGUCUCUAGGGUUUAGCGUGCGUAUUGAGUUGAAGACAGGAACUAGAGUUUCAGAAGUGAUCAUUGGUCCUGAAAAUAGAACAGCUACUGCAAAUGAUAACUUCCUCAAGGUUAAUCUCAUAGGAGACUUUGCUGGUUACACAAGUAUUCCUUCUUUUGAGAACUUCUAUCUUGUAAUCCCAAGAGAGGUGGCGGCAGAGGGACAGCCAGGGAACUUAGGUGGAAACUACUCAAUGUGGAUGCUGCUUGAGAGAGUGAGAUUUACAUUGGAUGGCAUAGAGUGUGACAAGAUCGGUGUUGGCUAUGAAGCUUAUAACAACCAACCAAACUUCUGUUAUGCACCAUAUUGGAGUUGCUUGCAUAAUCAACUUUGGAACUUCCACGAGGCAGAUGUGAACCGGAUAAACCGCCACCAGUUUCCUUUGUAUGGACUGGAAGGAAGAUUUGAGAGGAUCAAUCAACAUCCAAACGCAGGGCCUCAGUCGUUCUCUAUAGGAGUCACGGAAACGCUCAACACAAAUCUAAUGAUCGAGCUAAGAGCUGAUGAUAUUGAAUAUGUUUUCCAAAAGAGCCCUGGUAAGAUCAUAAACAUCGCAAUACCGACUUUCGAGGCACUAAAACAAUUUGGAGUUGCUGCAGUCACAACCAAGAACACCGGUGAAGUAGAAGCAUCUUAUAGCUUAACGUUUGAUUGCUCCAAAGGUGUGGCUUUCGUUGAGGAGCAAUUCUUCAUUAUAAAACCAAAUGAUGUUACAACUCGAUCUUUUAAGCUGUACCCUACCAAAGAUCAGGCUGCAAAAUAUAGAUGCACAGCUAUACUAAAGGAUUCUCAGUUCAACGAAGUAGACAGAGCCGAGUGCCAAUUCAGCACGACAGCUACCGUACUUGACAAUGGAACUCAGGUUACUAAUCCGUUUCAAAUUCCAGAGACUCUCCCUAAAGGUUUCUUUGAAUCGAUUAGGCUAAUAUGGACCAAACUAGUGAAUGGUUUAGUCGAUUUCAUCACCGGAGAAUCUUGCAGAAACAAAUGCUCGAGUUUCUUCGACUUCAGCUGCCACAUUCAAUACGUUUGCUUGAGCUGGAUGGUUAUGUUCGGCCUCCUCCUCACUCUCUUCCCUACCACUUGUGUCCUUCUCUGGCUCUUGCACCAAAAGGGACUCUUUGAUCCUUUAUACGACUGGUACGAAGAUCAUUUUGAUUCAGAUCAUCAUAGGUUAUUAUUACAACAAACCAGAGAAAUCGCCUUAAACCACCGCCAUCAUCAUCGUCGUCCUCAUCAUCACCAGCAUCGCCAUGGUGUCAACACGCAUAAUCACCACCAUCGUCGUAGAGUAAACCACAGACACAAACACCAUAAUCAUGGGCAUGAUGAUGACGACGAUGUUUUGCAGAAGAUUCUUGAACGUGACCACAAUGACUCUCACUAUUACCAAAAUCUUCGCCGAGUCCACAAAGAUGGCAAGCAGAAGCAGCGUAGGCGAGGAGAGAAGCACGGGAUCGUCGUGCCAUCUGAUGUGGACGUGGACAGACGGAGGAAAGUGAGGCAAAGGGAGGGGAGUUAAAAGAGAUAUCGUCUAUCCUCUAAACAUUAUGGCUUUUAUUCAUAAC